AUGAGACUGCGACACCGACGCGCCCCGCUCCUCCUCCUCCUACUGCCGACGCUUGCUCUCGCGAUUUCGACCAUCGACUCCAGCUCAGAGCAGGAUGCUCGCGCCCCGGCCGUCGAUCACAUCACCGGCUCAUCUACUAAGGUGAAAUAUGACGUUGGCACCAAGGAUGCACCCGUUGAUGGCAAGGAUGGAAAACCACACGAAGGGCCUUUCGUUGACCCUCACAAGGGCGAGAAGACUGGUGUCAGCGAUUCAGACAUCUCGGAAGAGCUACCAGUUUUGAAGGAUACGUCGACCGACAAGACCAUGUACAAAGGCCAGAAGAUUCCGGAGACCAACGAUGGCGUCAUGGAUGAUCCCUACCACAAGUCUCCCAAGCAGGGCACGACGGGCACCGAGGGAGGCGUGAGUGAGAAGGACAAGGCGCGGAAGGCAAAGGAGGGUCAGACGGGCGAGAAGGUUGAAAAUGUACCAGAAACCCCCAAGGAAGCCCCUCCUCUACCACACAGCGAGGAGGAGAAGAUUUUAGGCGAUAAGGACGGCAAGAAGCUCUCAGCCGAAGAAGUGGCGGGGCUGGACAAACCAACAGAUCUUCCAGAAAAGCUUCGAGACAGCCCGAAUCCGAUCCCCGACUCGGCCAACAAAGAUCAUCUCGAUAUCUCGAAGCCAACCAAGUCGACGCCCAAGAAGACAUGGAAGGAAGACACCGAUGAAGAAGGCGAGGGCCUCAUUCAGCCCUUCCAUUCUUUCUUGCUCUCUCUGACUAUGAUUCUGUUCUCAGAGAUUGGCGACAAGACAUUCCUUGUGGCCGCGCUCAUGGCUAUGAAACAUGACCGUAUGGUCGUAUUCUCCGCAGCAUUCGGCGCACUCCUCGUCAUGACGGUCCUCUCCGCUGUCCUCGGGCAUACCGUUCCAGCCCUGAUCCCCAAGCGCGUGACCGCCUUCCUCGCGUCCGGGCUCUUCUUCAUCUUCGGAGCGAAGCUGCUCCGCGAGGGCAUGGCCAUGAGCCCCGACGAGGGCGUCACGGCCGAAAUGCAGGAAGUCGAGAUGGAGCUCCAGGAGAAAGAGCAUCAGGCCCUCAAGCAAGGCCGGCGCCGAUCCUCGGUCACUCCCUACGCCAUGGAAAUGGGUCUGAGCCGAAACCGCAAGUCGCGAUCGCAGUCGCGCUUCCCGACCCCGCCGCGAAGCCCCUCGACGUCACCGGCUAGAAGUCCGUCGCCUCGCGGCGGCGUCAUGGCCAUUGGCACGGGAUUGUCUAACUUGUUGUCGCUGCUACUGAGCCCCGCUUGGGUCCAGACAUUUAUUAUGACCUUCCUGGGCGAGUGGGGCGACCGCAGCCAGAUUGCGACGAUUGCCAUGGCGGCUGGGCAGGACUGGUGGUGGGUUACGCUUGGUGCGGUGCUGGGGCAUGCUUGUUGUACGGGCGUUGCUGUUAUUGGUGGGAGAGCCAUUGCCGGGAAGGUCAGCUUGAAAGUUGUCACAAUUGGAGGUGCGGUUGCUUUCCUGGUGUUCGGCUUCAUAUACUUUGUGGAAGCUUUCUAUGCAUGA